GCCGUGUUGCUCCUGCCCCCCUUGAUCCGCCGCCGCCUCGUCCUCGACCGCACCACCGGCCCGGCACCGUGCAGAAUCUUCUUUUGGCCCGCAGCAGCAGCAGCAGUAGCAGAAGCAUGACAACUGAAGAGCCCGCCGCGCCUCCUCCCGCCGUCGCAUCCCCGCCGACCUCACCGCCCGCCAAACGAGUCAAGGUCGACAACACGGUGCCCAUCAUGUCCACCGACGCCGCUACCACCACCACGGCCGCCGCCGAGACGGCCGUCACGCUCGAGCAGUGCCCGCCGCUCCUGGUCAAGAAGCUCUCGGACAAGGCCCGGCUCCCGACGCGCGGCAGCGCCUUCGCCGCCGGCUACGACCUGUACGCCGCGCGCGAGACGGUCGUGCCGGCCCGCGGCAAGGUCCUGGUCGACACCGACAUCAGCAUCGCCGUGCCCGCCGGCACCUACGGCCGCAUCGCCCCCCGGUCCGGCCUGGCGGCCAAGCACUUCAUCGACACGGGCGCGGGCGUCAUCGACGCCGACUACCGCGGCCAGGUCAAGGUGCUGCUCUUCAACCACGCCGACGCCGACUUCAAGGUGGACGAGGGCGAGCGCGUCGCCCAGCUCGUCGUCGAGCGCAUCUACACCCCCGAGGUCGUCGAGGUCCAGGAGCUCGAGGAGAGCGUGCGCGGCGCCGGCGGCUUCGGCAGCACCGGCCGCACCUGAGAUAGGCGAGAGCUUUUUGCCGCUCUCGCCUGGCUCCUUGGGGGCUCGGGGCAACCAUGGACUAAGGUCCUAGCAUGGCUUUUGUUGCGACGAUAGAAUCCAACUAGGAUGGAGUUUGGGCUAUAAUUUGACAUGGUCAAGGGCAUCUGCUCGCAUUUCCAAGGGGGAAAUGCUAUGAUCAAGGAACAGUCGACGGACGCUAUACGGGCCUGUUUUGCUUCUUUCCCCUUGAAGCAUCGUGGUAGUAGGUAUUGUGUAGUUAUGUUGAAAGACCUCUAUUAUUAGUGGGCUGGGACAUGCUCGUAUGCGUAUGGGCAAGCCCGCUCACUGAAAGAUGCCUGCUCAAAAGCCACCCCUCCAAAAGAAGCGCUCAUGGCCACCACAUGCGAAAAAAAUAAGAAGAAAUAGGACGCAAACUUUCAUAUAAUGCAGCCCAAAACUCCAUUGUAUCUGUGUAAGAAACAAAAAAAGAACGAGGCGAGGUGGAGAGUGAGACACUACAUCUUCUCGGCCCGCAGUGCCGCCACCCUG